AUGACGAGCGGCGGUGCGCCCCUCGUCGAGGUCGAGCUCUUCGCCGACGUCGCGCCGAGGGCAGCCGAGAACUUUCGCUGCCUCUGCACGGGCGAGAGAGGCAGGUGCCAGGCCUUCGGAGGGCCGCCGCUGCACUUCAAGGGCAGCAAGCUGCACCGGAUGGUGCCCGGGCAGAUCCUGCAGGGAGGAGACAUCACGUCGGGCGACGGGCGCGGCGGCGAGUCGAUCUACGGCCGCCGGUUCGACGAUGAGCCCUUUGUGCGGAAGCACUCUGCAAAGGGCCUCCUCUCGAUGGCGAACAGCGGCCCCAACAGCAACGGAUCGCAGUUCUUCAUCACGCUCGAUGCGCUGCCUCACCUGGACGGCAAGCACGUCGUCUUCGGCCGCGUCGUAGCCGGAGUCGAGUACGCGGUCGCCAUCGGAGGCGCGUGCGGCUCUGCCGCCGGCACGCCGGUGCGGGGCGUCACCAUCGCCGACUGCGGGCAGCGCGGGGGGGGGAGCGACCAGGACGGGAGCGGCGGAGAAGUGUGA